UCUCUUGGGAAGAACCCUAGGGUUUCAACGAGCCACCUGGAUUCUCCUUCGUAUAAAUUCUACUUAACAAGGCAGUUAAAGCCUCAUCUUCUUCCUGUGAUAGGAUUUUUCUGUUUUGGGAGAAGGAUAUUAUCAGAAACCCUAGAACCAUGGGAGUAUUCACAUUUGUUUGCCGUCAAUCCGGUGGCGAGUGGUCCGCUAAGCAGAUCGCUGGUGGUGAUCUCGAGGCUUCCGCUUCUUCCACCUAUGAUCUGCAGAGAAAGCUUGUACAGACCGCUCUCUCUUCCGACUCCUCCGGCGGUGUCCAGUCUUCUUUCUCUACAAUCACCCCUUCUUCGGCCGUUUUUCAGGUGAUAAUUGGUGGUGGCGGCGGCGGAGCUUUUAUUGGUGGAGGAGCUGCUGCUGCAGCUCCAGCUGGAGGCGCAGCACCAGCAGCUGAAGCACCUGCUGCUGAGGAAAAGAAGAAGGAAGAACCAGCGGAAGAGAGUGAUGAUGAUAUGGGAUUCUCUCUCUUUGAUUAGAGAAUAUGCUAAGUUACUCUUUUUUUAUGUGCUUUAUUUUGUCUCUCUGUUUUGUUUUGCUGGAGUUGGUGGAUUGGAUUUAGAUCAGAUUAAGAAUUUUGAAUUAGAGAACACUUCCUAUAUUACUUAAAAUGUCUAUUGGUAAAAUAUUAACAUUUCUUCCUAAAAUGCUUUUUUUAAUUUUUUUUAAAUUUUAUUAGCAA